AUGCGUUUUUCAUACCUCCUCACGGCAUUGUCCCUGACCAGCACAGCCGUCUACGCACAAGACCUCAACUCGCUCCUCUCGGAAGCCUCCGAGUUCGUCGGCACCAACACCGAGUUGGCAUCGGUGCUCUCGAGUGUUACUGAACUCAUCAACAGCGCCACCUCCGCAUUGACCGACGCCUCUGCAUAUUCAUCAGUCCUCUCAGAAAUCAGCUCGGGAGUCGACGCUGCCACGUCUGCUGCUGGAAGCAUCGCCAGUGGUAUCAGCACCGCUGCGACUGGUCUCACCGGCACAGCUUCCUCCGCCACUGCCACUGCCACGCCGGCCACGAACACCGGCAACGUCGGUGAUCGCGUUGUGCUACCCGCAGCUGGAGCUUUCGGCGCUGCUAUCUUGGGUCUCGCCGCCAUGCUCUAG